AUGGCAGACCAAAAGCCUGAAGAGACGGUUCCCGCGGAGCCUCAGCCGGCAACGCAGGAUGUGGUGCAGGGCAGCAGCGAGCAGCCCACCGAGCAGGACGCAAGCGAGGAAACCAUCGCACCCAAGACCGACGAGGCCAACAAUACCACCGGCGCCGACGCUGCGACUUCUGCAGCGGCCAAGCCUGAUGAGCAGCCCGCAUACCUUGUCAAGAACCCAGACCUGGUGCCAUUCUUCGAAAAGCUGCCCACCCUCCUCGCCAGCACCGGCCACGAUGAGAUGUGGGGUGUGCACCUCAAGGGCCGCGACGACGUGCCCACCGUCAACGUGCUGAUCAAGUUCCUGCGCGCCAACGACGGCAACCUCCAGGCAGCGGAGGAGCAGCUCCGCAAGGCGCUCGCGUGGCGCAAGGAGAUGGAACCACUGGCGUUGGUCUCUACGGGCAAGUAUAGCAAGCUCAAGUUCGAGGGACUCGGAUUCGUGACGAAGUACGAGGAGAACGGGCGGCCGCUGGUGUUUACGUGGAAUAUCUAUGGUGCUGUCAAGGACAUGCCUGCAACUUUUGAAAAUCUGGAUGAGUUCAUCAGAUGGCGCGUCGCGCUCAUGGAGCUCGCGGUGCAAGAUCUGAAGAUGAAAGACGCCACGAGCGUGAUCGACUACGACGGCGAGGAUCCGUACCAGAUGUACCAAGUCCACGACUACCUGAACGUGAAGUUCCUACGAAUGGACCCCACCGUACGGGCCGCCACCAAGAAAACAAUCGAGGUAUUCUCGACCGCAUACCCAGAGCUACUGCGCGAGAAGUUCUUCGUCAACGUCCCCGCGAUCAUGGGCUGGAUGUUCUCCGCCAUGAAGCUCAUCCUGAGCCGCAACACCACCCGCAAGUUCCACCCGAUCUCGAACGGCAUCAAUCUGGCGCGCGAGUUCCCGGCUGCUAUUGCGGCGCAGAUCCCGACGGUCUAUGGCGGGAAGGGUCCCGAGCUGUCGGAGGGGGCGAGGUCUUUGGCGUUGGAGGACGAUACGGGUAUCGUGGCUAGGGAUCAUGCACAGACGGCUGUAGCUGAGCCUGCUGAACCUGAACCUGAAACGAAAACUACCCCUGAAGUGCAUGCCAAGGAUGCCGAGCUCGCCAAGGAUGAUGAGCCGGCCAAGGAGGAGCCGGCCAAGGAUGAUGUGUCCACUGUGACCGAGGAGGUCACUCCGGCUGCCCCCGAGGUCAAAUAG